UUACACUAAAUGAUAACAAAGGUAAGUGGAUUAUUUGUCUUACCUUUAAAUUAAACCUAUAGACAGAAAUGCAUGGAAAGUCUGUGUUUUCUGAAAGACUUAAUGUGGAACUUGUUUGAUAAGGAAGGAACUUCUACACACAUAAUACAUCACAGAUGUGGUGGGAAGUGUUAUGGUUGAUACCAGCAGCCUUUGCCACAGUCUAUGUAGGAAUCAAGCUGAGUUGUCCAUGGCUUAUUCUAGACGUCCAUUAUAUAUCGAAAGUAGUCCCUAGUCUUGCUGGCUUUAAGAAAGCCUGUAGGAAGAAAUAUUUUAUAAUUGAUCAUUUUGAAAACUCAGUUAAACAAUGUCCCGAUCGCAUUUUCUUGUCAUACGAGGAUCAAACAUUUACGUAUCAGGAGGCAAACAAGCAAGCUUACAUAAUUACAAGAACAUUGAUGGGUUUAGGGCUUAAGAAAGGUGAUACAGUUGCAUUUAUACAGUAUAAUGGACCAGAAUUUAUAUGGAUGAUUCUCGGCUGUUUGAAGGCAGGUAUAUGUGUAUCACUUAUCAACACCAAUUUACGUGGGAAGGCACUAUUACACUGUCUGAAUGUAUCUGGAACCAACACCAUUGUUACAGGAAGUGAUACAGAGCUGACAUCAGCCGUAGAUGACCUUCUCUGUGACCUUCCAGACGCAGUUGUCUAUGUACAAGGACCCUUCAAUAAGAAACUGUCAUCAAGAUUUAUCUCCCUUCAUUUCAAUGAAAGUGAGGCUGAUAUGUUGGAUAUUGACCCCAUUAUGAGGUCGGAACAGAAGGAGUCAGAUUCAGCUGUGUUUGUCUUUACUUCCGGUACAACUGGUUUACCAAAGGCUGCCACAGUUUCUCACAAACGAAUGUUGGCACCAUACAUUUUAAGUGGCAUACUUAAACUACGACAAGACGAUACAGUUUAUGUCACGUUACCGCUUUAUCACUCUAACGGACUGUUUGUUGGCGUGUGUUCUGCAAUUUGUCAUGGUUCAUCUAUAGCCAUAGCCAAGAAGUUUUCUAAGAGUGGUUUCUGGAAUGAUGUAAGGCGACAUAAGGUCACUGUGUUUACUUUUAUCGGAGAAAUGUGCCGAUUUCUUCUUACCAAUGAAAAGUCAGACCAAGACAAAGAUCAUUCUGUUCGUUUGGCAAUAGGCAAUGGUUUAAGACAAGAUAUCUUUGCUGAGUUUAAGGAGAGGUUUGGUAUACCAACCAUUGCAGAGUUUUAUGCCAGCACAGAGGGUGUGGCCGGAUUUGCUAAUGUCUCUAAUGUGAUUGGUUCAUGUGGGAGAUCCUCCCCAUUGCUGGAAAAAGUGGUUCCCUGUGGAUUAUUCAAAUGGGAUGUUGAGAACCAGUGUAUAGUUAGGGAUGAGAGAGGACAUUGUAUACCUGUAAAACUAGGGGAACCGGGUUUACUGUUGAUGCAAAUAAAUAGUGAUCAGCCAUUUGAUGGUUACAAAGGACAAAAACAACAGUCAGAGACUAAGGUUGUCAGAAAUGUUAGAAAAGAUGGUGACCUUUAUUUCAAUACUGGUGACUUGAUGACGAAAGACAAAGACUAUAAUGUUUAUUUCAAUGACAGGAUUGGAGAUACAUUUAGAUGGAAAAGUGAAAAUGUAUCUACGACAGAAGUAAGCAAUCAUCUGACAGACAUAGAUUUCAUCAUAGAUGCUUGUGUAUACGGUGUAAAUGUACCAGGACAUGACGGAAAAGCUGGUAUGGCAACGCUCCUAAUAAAACCGGAAGUCACUGUAAUUACCGAGAAAGAACUGUCUGUUAUUUCAACUCACUGCCAGCAAUCACUUCCGGUCUAUGCCAUUCCAAUGUUUCUGCGCUUGAAAUGGGGAGAGCUUGAUAUGACGUCAACGAUAAAACAGUCGAAGGUGAAAUUGAAGGAAGAAGGUUUCAAUAUAGAGAAAGUAACGGACAUUUUAUAUUAUUAUGAGAAACCAUCAAAAACGUAUAAACAAAUAAAUAAGGAUGUGUUUAAAGAUAUUUCGACCAAUAAAAUCCCAUUUUAAAAUGUAUGCAUAUGACCACUGCUUUGAUUGCAUCAAAGCCAUGUCAUGAAAUAAAUAUACUGUUGUUGUCAUA